AUGCAUUCCCCUUCAAAGACCAUUCUUUCCCUCUUCGUCCUCCUCAACCUAUCCCUCCCCGUCCUCUCAGCCGGCACUCAAUUUAUUACCGGGGCCUGCACCAGCGAUGCCGAUUGCGCCGGCAACUGCUGUGGUUUCAACUCCGGAAAAUGCGCCGGCGCCAUUGUAGCUCUUCAGCGAGAUGGAGGCUGCGGCUUCGGUGAUGCCACACCCAACGACAACGCCGCUAAAGCAUUGGGCUUCACCGGCGGAAUCACAUCCGCCUCCACAGGAAGCGGUGCUGCUGGCGCAGCUGCAGCUGCGUCUCCUUCUGCUAGCGCAAACCCUGCAAAAGCUGCAGCCGCCUCGGCCGCGUCCGCCGCCCCGGCAGCUGGUGCCGGAAAGCAGUUCAUUACGGGAGCUUGCACGAGUGAUGCUGAUUGUGCUGCUGGAUGCUGUGGAUUUAACUCUGGGAAGUGCGCGGGGCCUGUCGUCGCCCAAGAGCGCGAUGGCGGAUGCGGGUUUGGGGAUGCGCAACCUAAUGAUAACGCUGCACAGAAGUUGAAGGGCCAGCGCCGAGGAAUGGCUUGGGAGAGAAAUAUGUAA